AACAGUACGUUAACGUUAUACGGUUCCGGUGUCUGUUAUCCUUAGAAAUAUCCUUACUAAAUAUUCUGUUUUUAUUUUUCCUCGAGUCUACUAAGUUUCAUUUCAAAAACGACGGUACACCACCGCUCCGCUGGCGCUGAUGUGUAGUAGGAGUAAGUAGUAAGGUAUCGUAGCACGUUGUUUUCAUUCGGUAUCGGUAAACUGCCCGAAAAUAGGACUUCUCCAAAAUACAGAGAGUACAAUUUCAACAACUCAGGAUAUCCCCAACAUUUUGGAUUUUCGGUAAAAAGGAUAUUUUAUAAAUUCAAACACCAAGUUAUUCGCAGGGGAAAAAACGGAACACCACAAUUUUUCCCACACAUUCCUAUUGCCAUUUUCAAUAAACUCUAAAGAAGAGUUGGUUGGUGAAGAAUUCUUUUAGGAAUUUUCCCCCAAUUGUGUCGAUUGUGUUACUGGAGUCAGGUCGAAGUGUCGACGGUCCGUUCGGUGAAUAGAAAAUUAUUUUUUUCCAAAGAAAAACUUGGAAAAUUCCUUUAAAAAAAUAUAAAUUUUCCACAAAACCAAACGUUUGUGAUUUCGCCAAAAACGAAUUCGUAUCCGGAAAACGUUCCGUAAACGGUUUAGUGAUUGAUUUAGUGAAAAGAAAAAAAGGAAAAACAGGAAAAAUUGUGAAUUUUCCUCAGUUGAGUAUAUAUGUAUAUGUAUAUGUAUUACCACCAGCCAGCCAUAUAGCGCGGGGGGGCUGGCUCGUUUAGUUUAAAGGGAAAAGAGUAGAGUUUCUAUGUUAAAGAAAAGAAGAAAAAUCUAAUUUAUCCAUGUUUAAAUUUUGAUCCUUUUUUUUUUUGCUUUGCAAUUUUCUUCCAUUAAUUUUGUGUGAAAAUUCAAUCAAUAAGAAAAAAGUGUUCCAUACAAAAAAGCAGAGAAAAAAAAUCAAUUUGCAAAUAAAAAGUAAAAAAUAAAAGUUCCUGUUCCUGUGAACGAUAAAACCAAAAUUUAUAGUUUACAAAUGGAUUAAACCAUCAUCACAUCUCAUCAUCGAAAAGGAUUUAGGAUUUCCAAUCGGAUCCACGCAAACCUUUUGGGAUUACUUACAGAUUUUGUGCAGCCGAUCCAAUAAAAUCAAAAAAACAAAAAAAAACAUGGAUGAAAACAUAACGCUCUAACAUCGUUUGAAACGAAACAGGACACGGAAAUGUCCCAACAAAACAAAAUCAUCAAAAUGAACUGACUCCAGCUUUAUUCGAAAUAAACAAAAAAAAAAACUAUCAAAAAAUAAACUUUGAAUAAACAAAACAUUUAUAAUUGAAUUUUGUGUCAAAAUUUAUUCGGGUAUUUAGAAAACAAUACAAACAAAAACAAAGAAAACGUCAAAAACGAUUUGAAAAUAAAUCAAAUAAAUUGUCGCCCAUUAUCAAAAUGGCGACACGGUACGCGGACACCACACCGGUGGUGAUGGUGGCGGGCGUCGUCGGGAACGGUAGUUUUCAAAAGACACGACAUCAAAAAAUAAGCUUUUUAGCCAUAUUGUGUUUUAUUCUAGUGUGUAGUUGCAACCUCAGCGUCAGUAUCGCUUUCGAUUUACCAAAAAACUCAUUAAGUAGCAGCCAUCAUAAUAACGAUAUGUCCUUAGUCCUGCCACACGAUACAUAUCCAGGAUUUAGUAUUAAAAAAUUCAAAACCAUGCCCAUUUCUAAGAACAACAAUAACAACGCCAGCAACUAUCAUCUCCUAGAAACGGACUAUUCUAAGUUCUUCACGGUGCUGGAUGAUGGCGUGGUGAUGACAACUUCGGAUAUAUCGCCACUUGUUAAUAGACCAGUUAAUUUGGUGGUGGUCGAAGAGACGCCCAAUUCAACGUCAACGCAUAAUUUGCAGCUGUUCGUGAUGCACCGCAAGGAUAUGCUGCGAUUUCCCGGCUCGAUGUUAGAUGCAGCCGGUGAAGUGAGAGAAAAUCGUCCAGCGGGAACUCGGGUGCGUGGUAUUCCCCUGAUGCAGGCAUUCUCGAACCGCGAAUCGCAGAAGAUUAAAUACACAAUUAUCGGCGGGAAUGAAGAUAAUGCGUUUGCCCUGCAGGAGCGACACCAUUCUAAGGGCAAUCUAAAGGACACCAUUGUGGUUGACAACGACGAAGAGAGUGGUGUGUGGCUAGUUACGGCAAAACCACUCGACCGAGAAACCAAACAAUACUACGAUUUGUCAGUGCAAGCCUCCGACCUGGACGAAGUCGAUAAAACGGUUUCGAAAGUUGUGAUUACGAUUCUCGAUGAGAACGAUAAUAGGCCAGUUUUUGUGAACGAAGAGUAUAAGUUUGCGGUUGCGGGGGAGAAAACCCUGGAUUUGGAUGGCAAUCAGACCACAACAUGGCGACGAUUUACGAUUUUGGGCAAAGUCGAAGCUAAAGAUGGCGAUGGCGAUAAAAUUGCCUAUCGAUUGGUUGCACCCAGCAACAUUGUCAUCAUUGUUCCACAAACCGGCGAAUUGAUGUUGGCCAGUGAGCCAGAGAAGACGGAAUUGCUGCUCGAUGUGGAGGCACAUGAUUUGAGAUAUCCCAGUUUGGCAUCGGCUCGACCUGCCAAGGUACUGGUGGAAUUUGUUGCUCCGGAACCGGUUUCGUUUAUAAUGCAACAUCUCGAACAUGAUUCGGUGAAUCAACAUUCGCAUCGUCGCGAUAAGAGGCGAGUAACGCGCGCGGUCCGUCCAACUAAGCGUAUUGAAUUCACCGAAGCCGAUGGCGAUACUGAGGGAAAGUCUGUGUUCCAAUUAGAGAAAGAAACUGAUAAGGAAACGUUUAAGAUCCGUGACGAGAAUCCAUGGGUAACGGUGGAAACUAAUGGAGCGGUGCGAGUGAAAAAGAAGUGGGACUAUGAGGAGCUUGGUCAAGAGAAGACUAUUGACUUCUGGGUCAUCAUAACGAAUACUGGGCAUAAUGCUGGUCUCAAAUACACCGACAAUCAACGAGUCAUAAUUCAUGUUAAAGACGUCAACGAUGAACCACCGUAUUUUAUUAAUCGGCCACUACCAAUGCAAGCCGUCGUCCAAUUGAACGCACCCCCAAACACACCCGUAUUUACAUUACAAGCUCGCGAUCCAGAUACCGAUCAUAAUAUUCAUUAUUUUAUUGUACGCGAUCGGACUGGCGGUCGAUUCGAGGUUGACGAACGUUCGGGUGUAGUUCGAACACGUGGCACUGAUCUCUUUCAAUUGGAUAUGGAAUAUGUUUUGUAUGUAAAGGCUGAAGAUCAAAAUGGCAAAGUUGAUGAUCGACGAUUCCAGAGUACACCAGAGGAGCGUUUGUCAAUUGUAGGCGGUAAGCGGGCACCACAAUUUUAUAUGCCUAAUUAUGAAGCGGAAAUACCGGAAAAUCAAAAGAAAGAUUCAGAUAUUAUUUCGGUAAAAGCGAAAUCCUUUGCAGAUCGAGAAAUUCGCUAUACACUUAAGGCUCAAGGACAAGGUGCAGGAACAUUUAAUAUUGGACCAUCGUCGGGUAUCGUUAAACUGGCAAAAGAAUUGGAUUUCGAAGAUUUACGACAACCUCAUGUGUAUUCGUUGAUUGUGACAGCCACAGAGGAUUCCGGAGGAUUCUCCACUUCAGUUGAGUUAACAAUUCGUGUAACAGAUGUGAAUGACAAUGCACCAAAAUUUGAAUUGCCCGAUUACCAAGCACACAACGUCGACGAGGACAUACCACUGGGCACUAGCAUCCUGCGCGUCAAAGCCAUGGACUCCGAUUCAGGUGCUAACGCCGAAAUCGAGUACCUUGUCUCCGAUGAUCACUUUGCAGUCGAUUCGAAUGGAAUUAUCGUCAACAAUAAGCAAUUGGACGCUGACAACAAUAACGCCUACUACGAGUUUAUUGUCACAGCCAAAGAUAAAGGCGAACCCUCAAAGAGCGGUGUAGCCACAGUGCGAAUUUAUACGAAGAAUAAAAAUGACGAAGAACCGAAAUUCUCACAGCAAGUUUAUACGCCGAAUGUUGAUGAGAAUGCCGGUGCCAAUACCCUUGUGACAACGGUUGUUGCCUCUGACAAGGAUGGUGACAAUGUUCGUUUUGGUUUUGUUGGGGGUGGCACUAGUUCCGGGCAGUUCGUUAUUGAAGAGAUAACGGGAGUUAUACGACUGCAUAAUAAGCCCAUUUCAUUGGACCGUGACAAGUACGAGUUAAAUGUUACGGCUUUGGAUGAUGGUUCGUGUUGUGUGAAUGGUGACCAAACUAUACACACGUCAACGGCUGUCGUUGUGGUUUUCAUCACCGAUGUUAAUGAUAAUAAGCCAGUGUUUAAAGACUGCGGGACAUAUUAUCCAAAAGUGGAGGAAGGUGCACCGAAUGGUAGUCCGGUGAUAAAAGUUCAAGCCACUGACGAGGACAAGGGUGUCAAUGGACAGGUUAAAUACUCAAUUGUCCAACAACCAAAUCAAAAAGGAACCAAAUUUACAGUCGAUGAAGAAACUGGAGAAGUUUCAACAAAUAAAGUCUUCGAUCGUGAAGGUGAUGAUGGUAAAUUUGUGUCAGUGACAGUCAAGGCUACAGAUCAAGGAGAACCCAGCUUAGAAGGUGUAUGCUCAUUUACAGUGGAAAUAACAGAUGUAAAUGACAAUCCGCCCCUGUUUGAUCGACAGAAAUAUGUCGAAAACGUCAAACAAGAUGCUAGCAUUGGAACAAAUAUCUUACGUGUCUCUGCUUCUGAUGAAGAUGCCGACAACAAUGGAGCCAUUGUUUACAGCCUCAGUGCACCAUACAACCCUAAUGAUCUUGAAUAUUUCGAUAUUCAAGCUGAAUCGGGUUGGAUUGUACUUAAAAAGCCUCUUGACCGUGAAACAUAUAAGCUAGAAGCUAUGGCCCAAGACAAAGGCUAUCCACCCCUGUCACGUACAGUCGAGGUGCAAAUUGACGUUGUCGAUCGGGCUAAUAAUCCACCCGUUUGGGAUAAUACGGUCUAUGGGCCGAUUUAUGUCAAGGAAAAUAUGCCAGUUGGUGGAAAAGUCGUCUCGAUUAAAGCCAGCUCUGGAAUUGAAGGAAAUCCAACGGUAUUCUAUCGUUUAAUGCCUGGCUCAACGGCACAAACAAAUAAAUUCCAUACGUUUUACUUACAACAAAGACCGGAUAAUGGUGACACAUGGGCUGACAUUAAGGUUAAUCAUCCGUUAGACUAUGAAAGUAUAAAGGAAUAUAAUUUAACAAUACGUGUUGAGAACAAUGGCGCACAACAGUUGGCAUCUGAGGCAACUGUCUAUAUUAUGCUCGAGGAUGUUAAUGAUGAGAUCCCGCUAUUCACUGAACGAGAACAAGAAACCGUACUUGAGGGUGAACCAAUUGGUACAAAGGUUACUCAAGUGAAUGCUAUUGACAAGGAUGGAACCUUCCCAAAUAAUCAGGUUUACUACUACAUUGUUGAUUCGCCACGUAACGAAGGAAAGGAAUUCUUCGAGAUUAAUUUGCAGAGUGGUGAAAUUUUCACCAAAACCGUUUUCGACAGAGAGAAGAAAGGAGCUUAUGCUUUGGAAGUAGAAGCACGUGAUGGAGCACCAUCUGCCCGGCCAAAUAGCAAUGGACAACCAAAUUCAGUGACUAAAUUUAUUCGUAUUGGAAUUGCUGACAAGAACGAUAACCCACCAUACUUUGACAAAUCCCUUUACGAGGCGGAAGUCGAUGAAAAUGAAGACAUCCAACAUACCGUACUUACUGUUACCGCCAAAGAUCACGAUGAGUCCUCGCGUAUUCGAUACGAGAUCACAAGCGGUAACAUAGGUGGCGCUUUUGCUGUGAAAAAUAUGACGGGUGCCAUUUAUGUAGCUGGGGCCCUUGACUAUGAAACAAGACGACGGUAUGAACUUCGUUUAGCUGCAUCGGAUAAUCUUAAGGAAAACUAUACAACGGUAAUAAUCCAUGUUAAAGAUGUCAACGACAAUCCACCAGUAUUUGAAAGGCCUACAUAUCGAACUCAAAUAACAGAAGAGGAUGAUCGAAAUUUACCGAAACGUGUUUUACAGGUCACAGCCACUGAUGGGGACAAGGAUCGACCACAGAACAUCGUAUAUUUCCUUACUGGGCAAGGUAUUGAUCCGGAUAAUCCAGCCAAUAGCAAGUUUGAUAUUAAUCGAACAACUGGAGAGAUAUUCGUCCUUAAGCCCUUGGACCGUGAUCAACCCAACGGAAGACCCCAGUGGAGAUUUACAGUGUUCGCACAAGAUGAAGGCGGUGAAGGCUUAGUUGGAUAUGCAGAUGUGCAAGUUAAUCUAAAGGACAUCAACGACAAUGCCCCAAUAUUUCCACAAGGAGUGUACUUUGGUAAUGUCACAGAGAACGGUACAGCUGGUAUGGUUGUUAUGACAAUGACAGCCGUCGAUUAUGACGAUCCCAACGAGGGACUGAAUGCAAAGCUUGUGUAUUCGAUUGAGAAGAAUGUCAUUGAGGAGGAGACCGGCUCGCCCAUAUUUGAAAUCGAACCGGAAACGGGUGUUAUCAAAACAGCUGUAUGUUGUUUGGACAGAGAACGAACCCCAGACUAUUCAAUACAAGUGGUUGCUAUGGAUGGGGGUGGACUAAAGGGUACGGGAACAGCAUCGAUACGUGUGAAGGACAUCAAUGAUAUGCCGCCACAAUUCACAAAGGACGAAUGGUUUACAGAGGUAGAUGAAACCGAUGGCACCAGUUUGCCGGAAAUGCCCAUUCUAACGGUGACAGUGCACGAUGAGGACGAGACAAAUAAAUUCCAGUACAAAGUGAUUGAUAACAGUGGUUAUGGAGCGGACAAGUUUACAAUGGUCCGGAACAACGACGGAACGGGCAGUUUGAAAAUCGUUCAACCUCUCGACUAUGAAGACCAAUUGCAAAGCAAUGGCUUCCGGUUUCGUAUACAAGUCAACGACAAGGGCGAAGACAACGACAAUGACAAAUACCAUGUUGCUUACUCAUGGGUGGUUGUAAAACUACGUGACAUCAAUGACAAUAAGCCGCACUUUGAACGUGCCAACAUCGAGGUAUCGGUGUAUGAGGACACAAAAGUUGGCACAGAACUGGAGAAAUUCAAGGCCACCGAUCCGGAUCAGGGUGGCAAGAGUAAAGUGUCAUAUUCAAUUGAUCGCUCUUCAGAUCGACAAAGACAAUUCUCAAUAAAUCAAAAUGGUUCAGUGUCGAUACAACGUUCGUUGGACCGUGAAGUGGUGCCACGGCAUCAAGUUAAGAUUCUAGCUAUUGAUGAUGGUAUUCCACCAAAAACCGCAACAGCAACUCUAACUGUGAUUGUACAAGACAUCAACGAUAAUGCUCCGAAAUUCCUAAAGGACUAUAGACCUGUACUACCGGAGCAUGUGCCGCCACGUAAGGUUGUCGAAAUAUUGGCCACCGACGAUGAUGAUCGUUCGAAGAGCAAUGGACCACCAUUCCAAUUCCGAUUGGACCCGGGAGCAGAUGAUAUUAUUCGGGCAUCAUUCAAGGUCGAACAGGAUCAAAAGGGUGCAAACGGUGACGGUAUGGCUGUAGUUUCAUCAUUGCGCUCCUUCGACCGUGAACAACAAAAGGAAUACCUUAUUCCCAUUGUGAUUAAGGACCAUGGCAGUCCGGCCAUGACUGGCACCAGCACACUGACAGUAGUCAUUGGUGAUGUGAACGAUAACAAGAUGCAGCCAGGCUCAAAGGACAUUUUCGUCUAUAACUACCAGGGACAAUCGCCUGACACUCAAGUGGGACGUGUGUAUGUUUAUGAUUUGGACGAUUGGGAUUUGCCCGACAAGAAAUUCUACUGGGAAGCCCAGGAACAUCCUCGUUUCAAGUUGGACGAAGACUCUGGCAUGGUAACAAUGCGAGCUGGUACUCGUGAGGGACGCUACCACCUUCGAUUCAAGGUCUACGACAGGAAACACACCCAAACUGAUGUUCCGGCCAAUAUAACAGUUACGGUGCGUGACAUUCCCCAUGAGGCAGUCAUAAAUUCGGGCUCAGUAAGGAUAUCUGGCAUAUCUGAUGAGGACUUCAUCCGUGUGUGGAAUUACCGCACGCAGAGUUUGUCACGCAGCAAGUUGGACAGGUUCCGUGAUAAGUUAGCUGACCUGCUCAAUACGGACCGCGAGAAUGUGGAUAUCUUCAGUGUGCAAUUGAAGAGACGUCAUCCGCCACUAACUGACGUGCGCUUCUCAGCCCACGGCUCACCUUACUACAAGCCCGUUCGACUAAACGGCAUUGUGCUGAUGCAUCGAGAGGAAAUCGAGAAGGAUGUCGGCAUCAACAUCACGAUGGUUGGAAUUGACGAGUGUCUGUACGAGAAUCAAAUGUGUGAAGGCUCAUGCACCAAUACCCUGGACAUCAGCACACUUCCCUACAUGGUGAAUGCGAAUAAAACCUCCCUAGUGGGUGUUAGAGUGGACACCUUAGCUGAAUGCACGUGUGGAGCGAGGAACUUCAGCAAGGGUGAGUCGUGCCGCAAUACUCCAUGCUACAAUGGAGGUCGAUGCAUCGAGACACGUUACGGGCCGCAUUGUUCCUGCCCGGCUGGCUAUGCUGGACCCCGGUGUCAACAGACAACGAGAAGUUUCCGUGGCAAUGGGUGGGCCUGGUAUCCGCCAUUGGAGAUGUGCGAUGAAUCGCAUCUGAGUCUGGAGUUCAUCACUCGCAAACCGGAUGGCCUGAUUUUGUAUAAUGGGCCGAUAGUGCCACCGGAACGAGAUGAAAUGCUGAUAUCGGAUUUCGUUUCACUCGAGUUGGAACGUGGUUUCCCUCGGCUGCUUAUUGACUUCGGUUCGGGCACUCUCGAAUUGCGGGUUAAAACUAAAAAGACUCUCGACGAUGGCGAAUGGCAUCGGGUGGAUCUCUUCUGGGACACUGAGAACGUUCGCAUGGUAGUGGACUAUUGCAAAUCGGCCGAGGUAACUGAGAUGGAGGAUGGCACACCACCGGAAUUCGAUGAUAUGUCGUGUCAGGCACGUGGCUUGAUUCCACCAUUCAGUGAGUACCUGAACGUGAAUGCUCCUCUGCAAGUCGGAGGCUUGUAUCGGGAGCAGUUCGACCAGUCACUGUAUUUCUGGCGCUAUGCACCCACAACAAAGGGUUUCGAUGGAUGCAUUCGGAAUGUAGUGCACAACAGCAAGCUGUACGAUUUGGCUCAUCCGGGUCUAUCACGGAACAGUGUGGCGGGAUGUCCCCAGACAGAAGAGGUUUGUGCCCAGAGCGAGCAAACGGCACGUUGUUGGGAGCACGGCAAUUGUGUGGGCAGUCUAAGUGAGGCCCGGUGUCAGUGUCGUCCCGGUUGGACCGGACCCGCCUGCAACAUUCCUACAAUACCAACUACAUUUAAACAGCAGAGUUACGUCAAGUAUGCUUUGAGUUUCGAACCGGAUCGCUACAGUACACAGAUUCAGCUGAGAUUCCGGACAAGGGAGCAACACGGUGAGCUCUUCCGUGUGAGUGACCAGCACAAUCGGGAGUAUGGCAUCCUCGAAAUCAAAGAGGCCCGCCUGCAUUUCCGGUAUAAUUUGAAUUCCCUGCGCACCGAGGAGCGGGACCUGUGGCUUAAUGCCAUAACCGUCGAUGAUGGACAGUGGCACGUGGUGCGUAUAAAUCGAUAUGGCUCGGCGGCAACUCUUGAACUGGAUGGAGGUGAGGGUCGACGAUACAACGAAACUUUUGUCUUCGAGGGACAUCAAUGGUUGCUUGUGGACAAGCAGGAAGGCGUGUAUGCUGGUGGAAAGGCCGAAUAUACCGGUGUGAGGACAUUCGAAGUAUAUGCGGAUUACCAAAAGAGUUGCCUCGAUGACAUCAGAUUGGAGGGCAAGCACCUGCCACUUCCACCGGCUAUGAAUGGCACUCAAUGGGGUCAGGCAACAAUGGCAAGGAACUUGGAGAAGAACUGUCCAUCGAAUAAGCCCUGCUCGAAUGUUAUCUGUCCGGAUCCGUUCGAGUGUGUGGAUUUAUGGAACGAAUACGAGUGCACUUGCGGAGAAGGACGAGUGAUGUCGCCAGAUGCUAAAGGUUGUAUGGAUCGUAACGAAUGUUUGGAUCUUCCUUGCUUGAACGGUGCCACUUGCAUUAAUUUGGAACCAAGAUUACGCUAUCGUUGUAUAUGUCCCGAUGGAUAUUGGGGUGAAAAUUGUGAACUAGUUCAAGAAGGCCAAACGUUAAAGCUAAGCAUGGGUGCUUUAGCAGCAAUCCUUGUCUGCUUAUUAAUUAUACUAAUUCUUAUACUCGUAUUUGUGGUCUACAACCGACGACGAGAGGCGCAUAUUAAAUAUCCAGGACCUGAUGAUGAUGUUCGGGAGAAUAUCAUAAACUACGAUGACGAAGGUGGCGGCGAGGAUGAUAUGACAGCCUUUGAUAUAACGCCAUUACAAAUUCCUAUCGGUGGACCAAUGCCAGAGUUGGCUCCAUGCAAAAUGCCAAUUAUGUAUCCUGUAAUGACAUUGAUGCCAGGCCAGGAGCCAAAUGUUGGCAUCUUCAUUGAGGAACAUAAAAAGCGCGCUGAUAGUGACCCCAAUGCCCCGCCAUUUGAUGACCUAAGAAAUUAUGCCUACGAGGGUGGCGGCAGUACUGCUGGAUCUUUGAGUUCAUUAGCGUCAGGUACCGAUGAUGAACAACAUGAGUACGAUUACCUUGGAGCGUGGGGUCCACGUUUCGAUAAACUAGCCAACAUGUAUGGCCCUGAAGUCAAUCCAGACUUGGAGUUGUAAAUCUCAUAAAAAUUAAAUUAAGGCAUAACAAUAAUAAAACCAAAACAAAAACAAAAAACAACACUUAAUUUAAAACAAAACAAAAAUUCAACAUUAAAUUAAAACCAAAAAAAAACAUAAAUAAAUAACCAACGGGAUUUACACAACAAAAUAAAAACAUUAAAACCGAGACAUACUCAACAAGAAGAAGAAAAAAAAGCGUAAGAAAUCUUAAUCCAAAUUUUUUUUUUUUCAAAAACAAAAAAAAAAACAUAAACGCAACGGAUAUUACUUUAUUGUAUAGUUAAAAAAUAAUGAGACAUAUAUAAACAAAAAUACGAAAACUCAACAUGACAAUUAAAAAACAAAAAAAAAACAAUUGCAUAUUUAUAACGAAAACCCUUUUCGCUCAUUAAAAAAUAAGUUUUUAAUUUUUAAGUAAUUACUUUUAAUUUUUGUUGUUUAUUUUAUUCAAUUUUUUUAUUAAUGAAAAAAAAAACAAAAACUUAAUACCAAAGUGUAUUGUUAUUAUUUAUUUAAAAAAAAAAAAAAAAAAACAAAUUUCAAGAAUCAUCUUUUUUACAUUUUUUUAAAAAACUUAAUACUCUAUAGAAAAAAAUCAUUUAAAUGAAAAAAUUACGAAUACAUACAUAAACUUAUAUUUAACUUCUUUUAACCAAAAAAAGGGAAAAACUUAAAAAAAUAUAUACAAGUGCAUAUUGCGAUAUAUUUAGUAAGAAUAUUUACAUAAACAAUUUACCAAUUAGUUUUGUACUUUUCUCCCUCGAAGCAAAAAAAAAACUUGACAUAAACUUAAAAAAAAAACAGAGUUGAAAAAUAAAAAAAUAUGAAUUAAAAUUAAAUUUAAAGUUAAAAAAGAUGAAUUUUAGAAAGUAAGUAUAAAUUUAAUGCCAGUACCUAUUCAUAAAAUAAAAUACAAACAAUUUAAAAAAAGUAAAGUGUAUGCGUAAAAAUAAGUUUUCAAAAAUAAACAAAAAUAAAAAAUACACCAAUGCAAUCCCUAUGCAUAUGAAAUUUCCAAGCAAAAAUAAAAAAAAAUUAAGUGAAAGGUUAAAAUAAAUUUAAAAAUAAAACCCUUCACCAAAACAGAGUUGUGGUUAAGUAAUUAUUAUAAAAAUUAGUAUCUAAACAAAAAAAAUGAAAAUUUACCCAAAGACUGUUUUCGUUCCAUCAUAUGAUAUUGUAGGCGGCGAAGAAAGUUAUUUAAAUUAAACACACAACAAAAUAUUUAAGAACUCAUUAUAUAGAAAAUGAACAUUUACAUACCUACGAGAUACUUCAAUUAAUGUCAUUUCCAUAACUUUGACAGAUUCAAUCUCAGAAAGUUGAACAAAAAGAUAUAUUCGAUGCCAGAGAGACCAUAUUUUCAACAAAAAAUGUGAAUAGCAAAUUAUCACUAACAGCACACAGUCAAAUUGGAUUAAAAAACAUUAACAAAAUAAAAAAUAAAAAUAUUUUUAAAAAUCUCUGGUUAUAUGUCCCAUGAUAUUUCUCUUAUCCAUCCCAUUUUUCAAUGAAAAAUUAAAUUCACAAUUUCACACACACACAUACUCACCAUCCAUAAUACACCACAUUCACACACCCACACCACAUUCUUUAAAUAAAAAUAACAACAAAUGAAAAAAAUAAAACAGAAUUACUUUAGAAAACUUAGCGCAAUUGGUAAUGUACAUAGAAUAGAAAGUAUAUUAAAUUAAAGAUUAUAUUAAAAAUUAUAUAUAAAAUAAAUAAUACAAAAAAUAUAUAUAAAAAAAACCUUAGUUUAAGAACUAAUAUAAUUUAAUAAAUAAAAAUAGGAAUGUAAAUUAAAUGAAACAUCCCUAAAUGAUAAACAAAAAAAAAUUGAUGUAGUGUUGAAUAUAAAUUUAAAAAUACGAAAAAGAAAUAAAUUUAAAACAAAAAAUAAAUAAAAAAUGAAAACUAUGAGAUUUUAGAUUUAACGAAAAAAAGAAAAAAAAUAAGAAGUGGAAGCUGAUGAAACAAAAACAGUAUUUUUAUGAUUCAAUGAUAUUUAAUAAUAAUUAAAAAGAAAAAAAAAUGAUAUAAGAUUUCUUAAAACUAAAUUGCACUUUUAAAGUUUA